AUGCCUGGGGGCGGGGCUGUCCACCUUGCGGCCACGACCGAUGUCGCCCGCGUUGAAGCACCUGUCACUUUCAGGGCUUACCUGAUGUGCGCCUUUGCGGCCUUCGGAGGAAUCUUCUUUGGGUAUGACUCAGGAUACAUCAAUGGCGUUAUGGCCAUGAAGUAUUUCAUCCAUGAGUUCACUGGCGACCCAUAUCCUGGACCAAAUGCUACUGCUGCAGAGCGCGCAGCUUUUGUGAUCCCUUCAUGGCGCCAGUCCCUGAUCGUGUCAAUCCUGUCUUGUGGGACUUUCUUCGGUGCAAUCAUUGCCGGAGACCUCGCUGACUUCUUCGGUCGUCGAACCACCAUCAUUGCCGGUUGUGUCGUGUUCUGUCUCGGUGCCGCGCUCCAGACCGCUUCCACAGCUUACGGUCUUCUCAUCGCCGGUCGUCUCAUAGCCGGGUUUGGUGUUGGCUUUGUGUCUGCCAUAAUCAUACUGUACAUGUCGGAGAUCUCGCCCCGCAAGGUCCGCGGUGCUUUGGUUUCUGGAUAUCAGUUCUGCAUCACUCUUGGUCUCUUGUUGGCCUCGUGCGUUGUCUACGGCACACAAAAUUUCACCGACUCCGGCUCCUAUCGCAUCCCAGUUGGUCUUCAGAUGCUCUGGGCGAUCAUCUUGGCCGCAGGACUGUUCACCUUGCCCGAAUCUCCACGUUAUUUUGUCAAACGCGGCAACCUGGACAAGGCAGCUCAUGCUCUUGCCAGGCUCCGAGGCCAGCCUCGCGGGUCUGAGUUGAUCCAGCAGGAGUUGGCGGAGAUCGUCGCAAAUCACGAGUAUGAGCUGCGAGUCGUUCCUCAAGGUAGUUACUUUGCAAGCUGGGCCAACUGCUUCAAAGGCAGUCUGUUCACACCGUCCUCCAACCUGCGUCGGACGAUUUUGGGUACUUCUCUGCAGAUGAUGCAGCAAUGGACAGGAGUCAACUUUAUCUUCUACUUCGGAACGACUUUCUUCACUCAGCUUGGGACAAUUCAGAAUCCCUUCUUGAUUUCUCUAAUCACUACCCUCGUAAAUGUCUGUUCGACACCGCUGUCUUUCUGGAUCAUUGAGCGAUUUGGUCGGCGAUCGAUCAUGAUCUGGGGCGCUCUCGGGAUGGUCGUGUGCCAGUUCAUCGUCGCAAUUGCUGGAACUGUGGACGGCCACAACCCGCAGACAGUCAAAGCUGAGAUCGCCUUCAUCUGCAUCUACAUCUUCUUCUUUGCAACCACCUGGGGACCAGGCGCAUGGGUUGUGAUCGGAGAAGUCUUUCCUCUCCCCAUCCGGUCACGAGGAGUGGGACUGUCUACCGCAUCGAAUUGGCUCUGGAAUUGUAUCAUUGCCGUCAUCACACCGUACAUGGUUGGUCCUGACAAAGGCAACCUCGGGCCCAAAGUGUUCUUUAUCUGGGGUUCUCUGUGUGCCUGUUGCCUUGUGUAUGCCUAUUUUCUCAUUCCUGAGACCAAGGGCCUCACACUUGAACAAGUCGACCGCAUGCUGGAAGAGACGACGCCACGGACCUCGUCGCGAUGGGUACCGAAGACGACCUAUGCGGCAGAAAUGGGAGUCACCGAGACGGGGGAACUCAAGUCCGACGUUGUUGAAAGCACUCAGCAGAAGAGUUCCGCAGUUUGA